CAAAUAAACUUAUCGAUAGCACAGCUGUUUCUCAUGCGCAUCUCCAAUCACGUUUACGUAAAUUUUAGGAGAGGAGAAUCAAGAUGUCCAGAAAUUUGUUUUUAUCAAUUACAAACUUAUUUAGGAACUUGGAGAGCCUGUUCCUGCCACAUGGAGGACACCCUCCUGCUCUAGCGUUGGCCGGUUUUCAGCAUGAUCACAGCCAUAGAUCCUCCCAGGAAUUCAGUUUGAAGCAGCUUAUUGGCGACGGAAUGCUGUGGGCUGUUCCGAAACACAGGAGAUCCGUGGAGAAACGCCUGAAGCGGAAGUUCGGAUAUCCGGAAUACAAUUGGAAGCCUCUGAGGGAGAAGAGGAACAUCCGCUCCUGUCUGCAAUGUGGCCAUGACCACGAGAUGGGGGUUCUUUGUCCUUUCUGCUACCAAAAAGUCCUGAAGGAGACUGAGCUCAUGCAGUCGAAAAUCCAGGAGACACUGGGUCUAGAUCCCGUGGACAAGGAAGUAAUCGUUCUUUAUGAGGGCGAGAAAGCCGAACAGUCCUCAGAUGAGCUGAAAAACAAACGCAUCGUGGAGAUGAAGAAGCCUCGUCCCAUGUGGUUCACCAAGAAUCUGCUCCAAAAAUCCACGCAGCAAUUGUCCGAAACCAAGGAAGUCAAGCCCUCCGACUUGGCCUAGAUAAUAAGCAUCCAUUGUGCAUUAAAGCCACACGUUCGUUAUCAAAG